AUGCCCUGCCAAGUACUGCUGUGGAUGAGCGGAUUACGGGGCGCCAUUGCCUUCGUGCUCGCGCUCUCAGUACCGGACCUGGGCGGCAGCAAAUCGGGCACGCACAACCGCAACCUGAUCAUCACCACUACGCUCGCCAUCAUCGUGUUCACCACCGUCGCCCUCGGCAGCCUCAUCGAGUUCUUUGCACUCCGGUUCAACAUUAUCCGUCGCGUCGAAGAAAACGAGGGCUUCAGCAGCCGUAGCUCCAUCACGGCACAGUCAGCGGAAAAUGAGGAGUGGGGCAAAGCCAUCAUCGAAGGCUGCAAACAACUCUGGCACUCACUCAAACACUCCCCCUACCGCAAACACACCUCCCCGCUCCUUUCCAACUUCGACGCCGGCUCCAAGUCGAGACGCCGUUGCCGCUGCAACUCCGCGUCCCCGCCAGACGCCUUUAGUUAG